CCCAAAGGCCAUGGCAGGCAAACUGCCAACCAGACAGACUCGCACGACUGCCUGGCUGUCGACAGCCUUUCCCUUCACCACCACCACCGCCGCCAGCAGCGCCGCCAGCAGCGCCGCCAUCCGUCGUCACCCGCGGACAACGAGACGCGCACCGCUCCUCCCUCCCCUUCCGACGAGCGACGAUGGCGUCGGCACAAGUCGACAUCCCGCGUCGCGAGCGCGGCGGCCAUCGCGAUGGCGGCGACUCGUACCGCCCCGAGCGGCCUGAGCGUCCCGCGCCGCCGGUGCGCACCGAGGAGGAGAAGCAGGCGACGGCCAAGGCAGAGUACGAGAAGCUGCUCAACAUGCGCUCCGGCGGCACCUACAUCCCGCCCGCGCGGCUGAGGGCUCUCCAGGCGCAAAUCACGGACAAGACGAGCAAGGAGUACCAGCGCAUGGCCUGGGAGGCGCUCAAGAAGAGCAUAAACGGCCUCAUCAACAAGGUCAACACGGCCAACAUCAAGCAUAUCGUCCCCGAGCUGUUCGGCGAGAACCUCAUCCGCGGCCGUGGCCUCUUCUGCCGCUCCAUCAUGAAGGCGCAGGCCGCGAGUCUGCCCUUCACGCCCAUCUACGCCGCCAUGGCCGCCGUCGUCAACACGAAGCUGCCACAGGUCGGUGAGCUCCUGAUCAAGCGCCUCAUCAUGCAGUUCCGCAAGGGCUUCAAGCGAAACGACAAGGCCGUCUGCCUUUCGUCGACGACGUUCCUCGCGCACCUCAUCAACCAGCAGGUCCAGCACGAGAUGCUGGCCGGCCAGAUCCUGCUGCUGCUGCUGCACAAGCCGACCGACGACAGUGUCGAGAUUGCCGUCGGCUUCUGCCGCGAGGUCGGUCAAUACGUCGAGGAGAUGCAGCCCACGAUUGCCAUGGCGGUGUUUGAUCAGUUCAGGAACAUACUGCACGAGGCCGACAUCGACAAGCGGACGCAGUACAUGAUCGAGGUCCUGUUCCAGGUGCGCAAGGACAAGUUCAAGGACCACCCCGCGGUCAAAGAAGAGCUGGACCUGGUUGAGGAGGAGGAUCAGAUUACCCAUCAGGUCAACCUCGAGGGCGAGCUCGACGUGCAGGACGGGCUCAACGUCUUCAAGUACGACGGCGAGUGGGAGGAAAACGAAGAGGCGUAUCGCAAGCUCAAGGCCGAGAUUUUAGGCGAGGAGAGUGGAGACGACGACGACGACGACGAUGAAGACGAAAGCAGCGACGAGGAGGACGAGGAGACCAAGGCCAUGGAAAUCAAGGACCAGUCCAACGCCGACCUAGUCAACCUCCGACGCACCAUUUACCUCACCAUCAUGUCGAGUGCCGACCCCGAAGAAGCGGUGCAUAAGCUGAUGAAGAUCAAUCUCCCGGCUGGCCAGGAACCAGAGCUGCCUUCGAUGAUUGUCGAGUGUUGCUCGCAGGAAAAGACGUACACCAAGUUCUUCGGCCUCAUCGGCGAGCGCUUCGCCAAGAUCAACCGGCUCUGGUGCGACCUCUUCGAGCAAGCCUUUGUCAAAUAUUACGAGACUAUCCACCGCUAUGAGAACAACAAGCUGCGUAACAUUGCGCAGCUAUUUGGCCACAUGCUCGGCGUGGAUGCCAUCGGCUGGCACUGCCUGUCCGUCAUCCACCUCAACGAGGACGAGACGACGUCGAGCAGCCGUAUCUUCAUCAAGAUCCUGUUCCAAGCAAUCGCCGAAGAGCUUGGUCUCCCAAAGCUGAAGGAGCGGAUGAACGACGAGGUGCUCCGCCCCAACCUGGAUGGCCUAUUCCCCAAGGACAACCCGCGCAAUAUCCGCUUCUCCAUCAACUACUUUACGAGUAUCGGCAUGGGUGCUCUCACUGAGGAGAUGAGAGACUACCUGCAGAAUAUGCCGAAGCCAGCGCUGCCGGCGCCCGCGGCACGCGACGAGUCGGACUCGGACUCAGUGUCCAGCUAUUCUUCAUACACAGGCUCGUCCUACUCCCGCACGCCGUCACGGUCCCCUCGAAGGAAUACCGUGCGAGGGCGAACAGCAUCUCGAACACCCUCGCGACACGGAAGAGCGCGAUCGCCGUCGGAUAGCCGGUCUCGAUCGCGUUCGCGGUCGUACAGCUCGUACUCUCGCUCUCCGUCUCGCUCCGUGUCCCCGGCAAGAAGGGCUGGCGGCCGGAGGUCAUACUCAGCAUCGCCGGCGCGGAGGCCGAGGCGCAACGACAGCAGAAGCUUGUCGCGCUCACGGUCCCCCACGCCGCGCGGCGGCAGACAUGGCAAGGCUCGACGCGCAUCGUAUAGCUCAUACAGCCGCUCGCCGUCUCCGCCACGACGACCGAGGAGCGUCUCGCGAUCGGCCAGCCCGCCUUCGCGACGUGGACGGCCGAGCGGGAACGACCGUGUUCCUCAGAGACGGAAUAGCUCGUCGGUGAGUAGCGGUCCGCGAAAGAGGACGCGGCGGGACACCAGAUCCCCGUCAUAUGAUUCGAGGUCUCCGCCACCGCGCCGGGCCCGGCGAGACAGCUAUUCGCCUCCUCCUCGGCGGAAUGGACGGGGAGACUCGCGCAGUCUGUCGAGGGGCCCGAGCCCCCCGCCACGGCGCACGGGAGGCGGCUCAGAAUCGCGGGACGCUCCGGGAAGGAAGCCCUCGUUGACGCCAAGCCCGGUGCCGGCAAAGCGGAGGAGGCAGUACAGUGAAAGCAGGUCCAGGUCGCCACCUCCGAUGAAGAGGGGCAGGCGAGAUAGCCGAUGAAGAUUGCCAUAGCUUGGAGUCUGGGUGGGACGGAUGCGAUGUGUUACUACUACUGUAUACGAUAUCAACGGGGCGGCCAAAAAUUGUCCAACGCAUUAUCGAUUACCAGGGGUCUCUCUAUCUGAGCUGCAGGCGCGGUCAUGUGCAUAGUGGAAAGGUUGAGAAAAGAAUUUCAGCGAUUG